GCUCCUAAGGACAAGUAUUCAGCAGCAUCGCGCACAGAAAAGGUUCAGAAAGAUGGAGUUUUAUGUUGAAGAAGGAAAGCAAUUCAGUGAUAAAUGGCAGAAUUUGGUUCUGCCGGCGCUUUCGAUUGGGAACGUUGGGCAGCUUGCGGUGGAUUUGCUAAUAUCGUCGUUGAGAGCUGAUCGAAUCGGGUUCCUAGACGACCCGAAUGUUCUUCCUUGCGUCGGCAAUGACGCUUAUUCAGCUUCUCCUCCUGGCCAGCUUGCUCUUCCUCUUGAAGUUUAUGGAACCUCUUCUAGUCAGUUGAGCAUCGUGCAACAGAGGUCUCCGGUUGUUAAGGGUAUGGUGGUUCAAUUUGCGAGGAAUUUGGCAAACUUUGCUGCUGCCAGUGGAAUAAAGCAUGUUGUUUUGCUAUCUAGCUUGGAUUUUGGGCGGUGGCAAAGCAUUGAUAUGUCAAGUGGUUUGCAGACAUAUUAUCUCUCUAGUUCCAGCAUGGAUGGAAAGGACGAUGAGUGUGAUAGACUUGGUUUCAAGAGACUGCAGGAAUAUAAUCCAUCUCAGCGGACGUGGAAGUACCUAUGCGAUUUAGCUGAAGCUAAUAACCUCGAGGAACAAGAUUUUCCUUUUGAAGAGCUGGGAGAUGAAGAUUACCUUGCAAGUUUACCCUUUGCUGCACUUUUCUCUUGUUUUAAGGCCAAAGGUUUGAAGGUUACUUGCCUAUUCUGCUAUUGUUCAGAGGGAGACAACAUACCCGAAGCUUUUCAUUUGGCUGACGCAGCAUCACAAAUUCUAGGGCUCACAACUAAUAGUUUCCGAGGCAAUGAAGCUGGCAAAUGGAUCGUCCCAUUUUCUUGGAAGAGUGUGUACGGACCUCCCCCCGAUAUGUCCCUUUUUUAGGCUCGUAUCCUGUUUUUGUUUAGACACAACAUUGAGCUCUUCGUUUUCUCUGGCGCUUUUUGGAGAAAGGUGAAUUGCAACAAAGACCAAUAGCACGACAGGUUCUCACUAUUAGCCCUUUUCGAAAUAGCUCUCAUUUAUACUAAUUUUUGUGUGUUAUGGUCAUAUGGUGUUCUAUUGUGUGAACAGUCUGGGCAGUAGAACUAGUUGAGAGCACUGCCA